AUGGGCGGCCGAGCCCAGAGCCCCCCGCAGGCUGCUGGAGGGCCACGGGGCUGGGACAUUUCACCCCCGCUUGAGCCCAUGCAGCCGCGCUGGGAAGCGGCUCGGCGCCCACAGCGGAGACCUUCGGGCGGGGAGGAGGGAGUCGGACCGGCCCCUGCAGCCUCCAGCGGUGCGCGCCCCCCCCCCCUUCUCAGCAGGGACCCGAGCCCAGCGGGCAGCGGCCCGGCUCCACGGGACCGCACAGGCAGAGGGUACCUGACGCCAAGGCCGCCGCGGGUCACUCAUAAGACGCUGCCGCCAUCAACCGAAAUCCUCCAGCCCCGCCCCCAACCAGGGGCCGCUCCACGGCGGUUGGCCGGGGGAGCCGGCCGGGAGGAGCGUGCCCGGGGGCCCGGAACGACAGACGCUAGCCCCCAGGAAACGCAGCGCGGCGCGGCCCGACCCUGCCCGGGAGGGAGGGAAGGAAGGAAGGACGAGUCCGGCGGGGCGAGACCCAGAACCGCUCGCCGGGAACCCAGCACCCCUUCGGGCCCGUGUGAUGAGCGAGCCGGACAGCGAGUGAGGAGCAAGCUCAGGGCCCGGCGGAGACUGGAGCGCGACGCCGCUUGCGCCGCCCGUGCCUCUGGCUGCCGAAGCGUCGCCGCCAGGGUGCAGAGACCGGAGCCGCUCAGUUGCAUCGCGAGCCCGGCCGCAGGACGGCUGCAAGCCCCAGGCGGAGGCGAGGCUCCCGGUCCAUCGCCCCAGCGCAGCCCGGCCGGGAGGGGAGGACCGCGGGAGCCCGCCCAGCACAGAGCCCGGCCGGGGCAGGGCGUCAGGGUCCCGGGCUCGCGCCGCCGCCGCCGCCCCAGCAGGGCUUGUCCCACGUGCGCGGCCGGCUGGUUGCCUGUAUGCCGCCGUGCGCGGGUUCUCGCGGGCAGGGAGGUGCUUGCGGUCCCCCGGCUCCAGCGUCCUCCCGCCCUUCUCCGUGUGCAGCCUGAAAGCGGGAGGCGGCUGCCGCCCCCGUCAGCCGCGGCCAAGGGGAAGCCGAGCGGCCCUCCUCCCCGGCCCCGCCGCCCGUGGGCAGCUGCACGCCUCACGCCCGGCGGGGGAUCCACAGGCACUAACGACAGCGGCGCGGCGCCAAGAGAACCCCUGCAGCCGCUCGCCCAGCAGCGGCUUGUGCGCCGGCAGUCUGGAGAUCCUCUGUCUCCAUCCUCACAGCUGGAGAGAACUUUAUCUAGAAGUAAUGCUCAGGAAAACUCAUUUCAAAGGCUGACUCGACUAUAAAAGGGAGGAGCAAAAACUCUCAGGUAUAGUCUCUUUUCUCUUUCUCUUUUUCACUUGAGAUGACAAAGGAACCAGCCUUUAGACUUCAGGAUGGGUUCUUACCUGAAAAUUUGCUCAGUCCUGUUGUUGAGAACAUUUUACCUUGAGCCAAAUCUAGUUUAAGUUUAGUUAGUAGAAAGUGUUUUAUGUUUAUUUCUCUUGUAACCAUUUCUGACUUGAAUACCUUGUACUUUUACUCAAAAUCUAUCUCUUUGGAGUUAAACUUGUUUUAUUCUUUAUCAAAACUAACCCAGUGCUGUGGUUAAACUGAAUUUUUUAGAAAUUCCAAUUAAAGUAGCAAAUUGUUAUCCAUUCCUUCCCCACUCUGAACUCUGGGGUACGGAUGCAAGACCCCCUAAGCUUAUUUUUACCAGCUUAGGUUAAAAACUUUCCCAAGGCACAAAUUCCAGCU